AUGGAGUCCCUCGCGACGGCAGCGAGCGAGGCGACCGCAGCAACCGCGACUGCGGCGACCGUGGCAAGCGCGACCGAGGCCGUCAAUGCCCUGGACCUGGAGUUUGCGACCACGAUGCAGGAAGUGGAAGUUGCCUUAGCCAGUGCUCCGCGCUCCGUGCGCAUUCGUGGUGAGCAGUGGGCGCAGAGGCUGCAGUUGAUGGCGAGCGUGAGGCAGCCCUUGUUCCAGAAAGAUCGGAAUCUGCAUGCGGAUCUCUUGCUGAAGUGUAUUGUGGAAAACACCUGGACCGAGCCCCUGGACAAGCAUCCACCAGAAGGACCACUUCCAUGUCUGCCAAGGCACGUGGCGUGCUCCAUGCGCAAGGCCCGGACCGAGCGCCUCAGGGCCAAGGCACCCAGGGCAAGCUCAGCGCACAGAGAUCACAGAGAUCACAGAGAUCACAGAGAUCACAGAGCCCAGCCCAUCCAGGCCCAAAGCUUGGCGACGGCCGCCGUGGCAGCUGUGGGGAGGGAAGCGCACGCAUCGAGGGCCCUCCAGGUAUCUGUGGCAGCACCCCCGGCUUAUGCGGCCUUGGCCGCCCGCGUCGCUCACCUCGAGCUGCAGAACAAGCAGCUCCGCCAGAAGCUGCUGGAGGCCCACCGACAAGGCCAAGGACAAGGCCAAGGCCGACAGCGCUCCGCCUCGCCCGUGGUUCGGCCUCGGGCGCGUGCGGCCUCCACGGUCUUCACGGCACCGUGCUCAGAGGCUGCGGCUCCUGCACCAUCUGCACCUGCUGCGGCAGCGGCUGCCGCUGCGGCUGCCGCUUCGGCUGCCGCUCCUACGCACCUGCCCGCCGACGUGCCCGACGUGCCUGCCGACGUGCCCAUCGUUGCACCCGCCGCAGCGUGCGCGGCUCCUGGCUCAGUGCACACUGCGCACGCGGCGCCCGCGGCGCACGCGGGGCACACUGCGCACGCGGCACAUGCGGCGCAAGCACCAGUUCGACCUGAGGCUCGGCCGCGUGCUGGCCCGGUUUGCUGUCCGGGGCCUCCACCACCUGAAGGUGACACGGAGGCUUUCUUGAGGUACCUGGAUGCAUUUCAAAGCUAUGCAGGGUCGCUUUUCGAUCCUGUGCCGGAUCCGGAGAAGGAGAAGGCCCAGGAAGCUGCUGCGGCGGCACGGCUACUCUCUGACGAGGCCUUCACGGUCCGCCGCGAUGCCGUGCGGAGCCUCGCCCGCUUGGGGCCCGCGGCUGGGCCGUAUCUUGUCCAACUCGUCGGGACCGCAGAGUCCGAUGAGGAUUACGAGGUACGGAAGGCUGCCAAGCAAGCCCUGCGGACGCUCCGGCAGCAUGGGCUUGCGGCACCUCGGGAGGACAGCGGGGUCGCGCCCCCUCGCGUUCCGAGUGAGAAGCGGGCAUCGGUCAGAAAAGGACGCUUCGAGGCAGAGGAGGAGGAGGAGCCUCCUCGAUUGUACGAAGUGGAGCCUCUCCUGGAGAAGGAGUGGCUUGGGCCGAAGGUCUGCUUUGACAUCAAUGGGCAGCUUCUGGACAUGUGCCUAGAGAAGGAGGUGGUGACUCCGGCAGAGGUCGCGGAGAUCUGGGAGAGGCCCUUGACGUCCCAGAUCUUCAGGGAUUCAAGCUGA